AUGGCCAAGUUGGAGACGGACGAGGCUCAAGGUCUUUAUGCACUCGCCAUCGGCAGCAGCGGAUUGGCGGGAGAAGCUCUGGUGGACAGGCUGCUGGCCUUCCUCGCUGAUCCUGCCACGGAGGCCACGGCAUUGCGGAUGCGUGCUGCCGAAGCGCUGGGUGCUCGUGGCGAGCUGGCAUCGGAGAUGCAACUGGAAGCUUUGGCUCGGAGCUUGCAGCAUGACACAAAUGAGAUGGUGCGUGAGGCAUGUGCGAAUGCCAUUGGCGUCAUGGGCUGCAGCAACAAAGGCCUCACUACCUUGGCCAGAGCUUCCUUGGAGCUUGGCCUGGAGGAGCGGAGGGUACUGGGAACUCGUUCCAUUUCAAUGGGCGCUUGA